AUGUCGGUUGUACUUGGUUUCCCUGACAAGAGCGUAAAAGUCUUUGUAAAAGGUGCCGACACAACCAUGUUUAGUGUAAUUGACAAAUCCUUGAACUUGAACGUAAUACAUGCAACUGAAGCCCAUCUUCACUCUUAUUCAUCUGUGGGUUUGAGAACCCUUGUUGUGGGAAUGCGGGAACUAAAUUCUUCAGAAUUAGAGCAAUGGCAGUCUUCUUAUGAGACGGCAAGCACUGCUUUGAUUGGAAGGGCAGCUUUACUACGUAAGGUUGCUAGCAAUGUAGAAAACUCCCUGAUUAUAUUGGGUGCCUCUGGAAUCGAAGAUAAACUGCAAAAAGGCGUGCCAGAAGCUGUAGAGUCUCUAAGAGUGGCAGGUAUUAAGGUCUGGGUUUUGACUGGGGACAAGCAAGAAACUGCCAUUUCCAUUGGCUACUCCUCUAGACUUUUGACAAGCAAGAUGACCCAGAUUGUUAUUAACAGCAACUCCAAGGAAUCAUGUAAAAAGAGUUUAGAAGAUGCAUUGAUUAUGUCUAAGAAGUUCAUGACGGUGUCUGGUGCUGUGCACAAUAACACUGAAGGAAAUUCUGGAGCUGGUGCAAGUUCACUCGCAUUGGUCAUUGAUGGAACAAGUCUUUUUUAUAUCCUUGAGACUGAACUUGAUGACCAGCUCUUCCAAUUAGCCAGUAAAUGUUCUGUUGUGCUAUGUUGCCGUGUGGCUCCAUUGCAAAAGGCUGGAAUUGUUAACCUUGUAAAGAACAAGACAGAUGAUAUGACUCUUGCCAUUGGGGAUGGUGCUAAUGAUGUUUCAAUGAUCCAAAUGGCUGAUGUGGGAGUUGGUAUCAGCGGGCAAGAGGGUCGGCAAGCUGUCAUGGCAUCAGAUUUUUCAAUGGGGCAGUUCAGAUUCUUGGUUCCCCUUUUAUUGGUUCAUGGACAUUGGAAUUACCAGCGGAUGGGCUACAUGAUAUUAUACAAUUUUUACAGGAAUGCGGUGUUUGUUCUUGUCUUAUUUUGGUAUACGCUUUUCACUGGUUUCACUUUGACAACUGCAAUUACUGAGUGGAGCAGCGUCUUGUAUUCAGUAAUUUAUACUUCAUUUCCUACAAUCUUUGUUGGAAUCCUAGACAAGGAUCUAAGUAGAAUGACUCUUCUAAGGUAUCCUCAGCUUUAUGGGUCUGGACAGAGAGGGGAAAGCUAUAAUGCAAAACUAUUUUGGAUAACAAUGGCGGACACUUUGUGGCAAAGUGUAGCUGCCUUCUUUCUUCCCCUCUUUGUGUACUGGCACAGCACCAUUGAUGCUUCGAGCUUAGGAGAUCUUUGGACACUUGCAGUGGUGAUUCUGGUUAAUAUACACUUGGCCAUGGAUGUGAUUAGGUGGACUUGGAUCACUCAUGCAGCCGUUUGGGGAUCUAUAGUUGCAACCUUUAUUUGUGUCCUCGUUAUUGAUGCUAUACCCGUAUUACCUGGUUACUGGGCCAUCGUUCAUCUUGCUCAAACAGGAUUGUUUUGGUUGUGCUUGCUUGGCAUCCCAAUUGGAGCAUUGAUUCCUCGUUUUGUUGUAAAAAUUUUUGUUCAAUACUGUGGAGCUGAUGACAUUCAGAUUGCAAGAGAAGCUGAGAAGUUCGGGGGGUUUAGGGAGUUUGGAGGUGGAGAAAUUGAAAUGAACCCAAUUUUCGAUCCCCCCAGGAGAUGACUAGGUGAUUUUGUUGUGUGCAUCAAAUCUUCUUCUUCUUUUUUGUAAAAACUGUAGUUGUCAUAUUCUUUUAGGCUUUUUUUUUUUUUAAUUAUUUUUUUUUAUCUUUUUUUUUCUCUGUCAAGUACAUCAUAUUAUUUAGGCUGCAUCAUAAUAUAUCUCCCUUUCACUCUAGCCACAUUUCGAUUGUUUGCUAUCCCAAGGAUAGAAAUUGUAAUACUUGAGUUUGUAUCCUUCCUAUUGUAAUUUUUCACAAAAUGACGCAAUGUAAAUUAGAGCGCUGUUUACGACCCAAAAUCAUUACCAUUGUUAUACAUUUAUUUGUUACGAUGAAAA